UCCUCACAGACGCACAAACUGCUACUUUGGUAGAAAUAUCAAGCCAAAAGAUUCAACACGCCAGGGGAGCUCAUAUAAAUCAGUGAGAGUCAAGGGCCACUUUGCCAGGCCUGCAAGAAACACAACUCUUCUAUCAUGGUUGAUAACAUCGUUUUAAAGCCUCUGGGGUUAGUUUUGAUCAUCACAGCUCACAUGGUAUUCAACGGCCCCAGCCGAGCAGAGGUCACUGGGAUCCUCGGCACCAACAUCACCCUUCAAUUCAAAUUUAACGUCACUGUAAACAAAAACAGUUAUUUUGCAUUUUAUACAAGAAACCUAAAGAUUGCAGAGUAUAAUGGAAGAAGUAAUUCAAAAAGAGGCGACAUGAACUUCUAUCCUAAUAAGACUUCUGUGUUUUGCCAAAUUACAAAUCUCACUCGAAAUCACAGUGGAAUUUACUGGGCCACAUUGUUGGACUCAAGACCGGCGCAAGAAAGUAAUAAGGUGGAGCUGAUUGUCCGAGAGGAGAACAGAAACAGCACAGUGUCUCCAACGCUGAAUGACAUCACAAUAAAUAAAGACAGUGGAAGUCCCAGUUUCUUUUCCUCUCACGUUGUCACCGUCCUCGUGGUUUCACCUGUAGGGCUGCUGGCUGCAGUACUACUCUGUUUGAGCUUGAUCUGGUUUUUCCUGAGAACCAAAGAUAUACAACAACCACCACCAGAACAAAGCUCUAAUCCAACAGUACAAGAAACUAUUGAGGUGUCCAACAGUGUGCCUGCACCUCCACUGAUCUACAGCAUCCUGGACUUUCCCAAAAGACCUCCAGCAGUUGUGACUUUUGAUCCAAACGACAUAGAGUACGCUGAUGUCAGUUAUCUCCCCUAAAAGAUACAGAGGUGAUGGGAAUUUCUUGGUUUGGGUAAAGAUAUGCAAGAUGACUUACAUCUCAAAACAUAUUUCUAAGAGUGACACUUUUUUUUUGUAAUACAGCAUGUGGGCCUCUUGCAAUAAUGUGCAAGCAACAGAGUUUGAACAUGAAUAGUCACUGUUUUCUGAGUUGAAAGUAUGUAGUUGUCACUCUGUUUUUGGUGUUUGUGAGAACGAAAUAGUGAGAGUUGCUGCAACAAACCACAAGUCAGUACACCAUUUGUUACAGUUACAAAAUGGCUUUUGGAGUUGUUUCAGUUUUUGUUUACUUUUUAUUUGGUCUAGGGUCGUCUGUCCAUGAAACUCUUGUUGGAAAAGUCUGAAAAAGUUUUGCUGUCAUUAACAAAUGCCCUGAAACAACCAAAUACUGGCCUUUUUCUGCAAUAUAUGGUCUUUUCAAGAUGUUACAAAUGGAAGUUCAGCCAAUACCUGUGAAAUCAAUUUUGUCCAAUUCCUGCAAUUUUACCACACAUUUGACUAUUUAAAAUGGGUAAAAUCUUAUUUCACUGUAGAGUUACGUAUGGCAUUUUGAGUCUCUCAGCCCCUCUCUACUGUUCAACAUGACACCACAGUUUCAGGACCAGAGCUCAGAGUCACACAGACAUAGUGCCAGGGCUAACUGUAAGCAUCACACAGCUUGUGUUACCCUAUGGUUAUUAACAGAUUUAACCACAGAGUGGUGUCGGUGAUGGUGUGACAUCAACUGCUGGUGUCGGAUUGUGAACACUUCUGCAAACUUCUGCCCAGGCAGCAAAUAUGACAAAAAGCUGUUGUUUUUUCAAUUUACACUUUCCCCUGCAAUUUCAUUGCAAAACAUAAAAUUAAAAAAACGAAACAAAAAAAUGCCUGUGAGCUUUGCAACAUGUAUCUUCACUAAAGUUAAGAUAAAGCAUCCGUGAUUAACACUGACUUCUGAGGGUGUGCACAGAUGACAGAUGAAUGAGCAAGAUAUCAUAAGCAACUAGAGACCGUCUCACUUUCCAUGUAACAUUCUGUUAGUUUUGCUUCAGUUUUUCCUCUCCAGAUUAAAUCAGACUCCAGCGAUGUAGUGACAUGUUUAUUAAUGUUUUUAUCUUCAGCAUGAAGGUGUGAUGUCUUUAAAAGCUCCCUUUGGGUUUCAGGGUGAGUCAUUUUAUCUUUUCUGUCAAUAAUUUGUUUUUCAUCAUAGCAAUCAUCAUAGUUUCCACUCCUACAAAAUCACUAAAAACCACUGGUGAAAUGAAACAGUUUUAGGAAAUAGUGACAUUUUAUUCAUAGUUUGCAAGUCUCAGGUCAACAGUACUGUAUGUAUUCACGUCACAGGGUGAUUUUCCAUUACUGCAUGGUGUGACAGUUUGACGCUGUUGCACCAGUUUUUGACAAUUACAUUUGACACUAUCUCACUGCCAUUUUACACAAUGUGGUCUCAGAAGUUCUCUCAUGGCAGGUGCGAAGAGGCAAAGAGUUAUGUUCUCAGUGCCACAUAUUGAUGUAAUUAAUGUGUGAUGUUGAUGUAUAAUAUAGAGUUAAACUCACACAACUUAUCUGUUCACCAGUGGUAGAAAAACUGCUUCAAUAUUCAUCCUGGAUCUUGUUUUGGUGGUGUUUAAAAUGAGCAUGCUUCACAUUGUGUUUUCAAUGUUACAAAAAAAAUUAAACUGUAUGCUCAGCUUGUUAUA